AUGCGGGCACAGAACGCAGUAUGGCUCUUCGCGGCAGCGGUGGGGAAUCGAUACGCGCGUUGGUAUGCAAGCUUUCGUCAAACUCUACCUGAAUUGGAGCGGCGUACGCGUGACACAACCUUCUUGUGUGGCCGUGGCGGUGAUAAAAUUCGGGACGCUUGGCGUGACAUUGGGCCGGAGGAACGCGCACGUCUAAUCCAAGCAACACCGGAUUCCAGUUUCCCCAAUGAUACGUACGGUAUCAUGGACGAACGUAAGGCUUAUCCAGGACAACGAAAGAAGACCAGUCGGGUGACUGAUGAGCCGAUGCCAACCCAGCCUGUACAGCAUGAUACUCAGCUGCAAACACGAUUCGCAGAGAUAGAGCGCGUGCGUAACAACUACUACACAGUGCUGAGCAAAGCACAGGAUCUCCGAAUCCACACAUCUUACAAUGGCGGGAGUAUGGUCGGUAUUAUCGAAGCUGCUGUGGCCGGUGCGCAGAACGCGGUCGUCUUGGCCAGAAUCAAGGACAAACCUAAGACAGUGGAGGACGCGUUUUCUACCGUCGCACUUCGCCUGGACGAUGUACUGGCGGUUCCAAUGGGAACCGCUCAGUUCGAACCGGAC